UCGCGAGGCAGUUGCUUACAUCCCCUGGUAACCGUAAACCCUUGGUGCGUCUCCGUUUUUACGCGAGCUUGCUUGUGCUCUCGCGAGAUCAUUGAGAGAUUUGCCUCUAAUUUCUGCAUGUCGUUGAAGUCUUUCAGCGAGCUCUAUUUGAAAUGUUGCAGCUACUGAAGAACUGAACGUUAGAUUCAAACCUCAAAGAAGAAAGAAGUUACCAUGGCAGCGUCCGAGGGAAGCAAGUUAUGGGGUGGUAGAUUUGUAGGGAGCACCGAUCCCAUCAUGGAGAAGUUCAACGCAUCGAUAUUAUAUGAUCAGCGGAUGUGGGAUGCAGACAUAAGGGGCAGUAAAGCUUAUGUGAAGGCUUUGCACAAAGCCAACCUUGUCACUCAGGAGGAAACGGUGCAAAUUCAGAACGGCCUUGAUCAGGUUUUGGGUGAAUGGUCCAGUGGUAAGUUCCAGAUCAAGCCAGGAGAUGAAGAUAUCCACACAGCCAAUGAGCGUAGGCUAAAGGAACUGAUUGGAGAGGCAGCUGGAAAGCUUCAUACUGGCAGGAGCAGGAAUGAUCAGGUUGUGACAGAUAUGAGGCUGUGGUUAAGGGAUGCAAUCGCCACUCUGAAGGGAAACACCAUCCAGCUUAUAACUACAAUGGUGGAAAGGGCAGCCAUAGAAAUUAACAUCCUUUUUCCUGGAUACACGCACAUGCAAAGAGCGCAGCCAAUCAGAUGGAGCCACUGGAUUCUCAGUCACGCAGUAGCACUGAGCAGAGAUGUUGAGCAACUGGGGGAAAUCAAGAAGAGGGUCAACGUUUUACCUUUGGGAAGUGGAGCCAUCGCUGGGAACCCUUUCAACAUCGAUAGGGAACUUCUUCAGAAAGAGCUCGAGUUCGAAGGGAUCAGCAUCAACAGUAUGGAUGCAACCGGACAGAGAGAUUUCGUUGCUGAGUUUCUCUUCUGGGGAUCGAUGUGUCUGAUGCACCUCAGUAAGAUGGCAGAGGAUUUGAUCCUGUACAGCACUAAAGAAUUCUCCUUUAUCAAGCUGUCAGAUGCAUACAGCACAGGGAGCAGUCUGAUGCCACAGAAGAAGAACGCUGACAGUCUGGAACUGAUCCGCAGCAAAGCAGGACGAGUGUUUGGCAGAUGUGCAGGUUUUAUGAUGGUCCUUAAAGGACUCCCCAGCACAUACAACAAAGACCUACAGGAGGAUAAAGAGGCCAUGUUUGACACCUAUGAAUCCCUGCAUGCUGUACUGCAGGUGGCUACAGGUGUCAUGUCUACACUGGAGGUAAAUCAGAAAGCCAUGGAGGCAGCACUCAGUCCAGACAUGCUAGCUACUGAUUUGGCCUAUUACCUCGUCAGGAAAGGAAUGCCUUUUAGGGAAGCUCAUAGCUGCUCAGGAAAAGCUGUCUAUCAGGCUGAGUCUAAAGGUGUCCCAUUGAACCAGCUUACUGUGGAAGACCUACGUACUGCCAGUCCUCUGUUUGACAGUGAUGUGUCCUCAGUGUGGGACUACACAAGCAGCGUGGAGCAGUACAGCGCCCCUGGUGGCACAGCACGGAGCAGCGUUACAGCACAGAUCGAACAAAUGAGAGCCUGGCUGAAGAUGCACAGUGUGUAACUGUAACGUACCCCCUUGCUAAAAUGGAACCACAAAUAUUAUAAAAAGAAAUUUUUAUUACAUCCCACAGGUUAGACCUUCAAGCAAGAAUAAUGAUGAUGAUGAUAAUGAUGAUGAGUGGUGGUGGUGAUGGUGGUGAUUAUGAUGAUGGAU